GGAAAGAAUUUAUUGAUCCUCAACCCUCAGGGAUGCAGUUGGGGAACCACAACAGCUGCCCAGCAGUGCUGCAAGGAUGGUCCCCAAACAGAAGGGAUGAGCAAGGGAGUGCUGGGGUUUGGCAACAAGCAAGGGUCAAAUCUGUAGUGCCCCGCAGCCCCGAGAAUAUGGAAAGCAGCCCAGCUCCGGGCUGUGGUUUGGCAUAAAAAAAACAAAGCCAUGAAGUUCUGUGGUGUGUUUUGUCCCACUCGGAGAAGCCGUGCCCUGCAGCCCCCCAGGGCAGGGGGAGGACCCCGCGCCCAAACAAAGUGCCAUUAUCUGACCGCGGUCUCUGAAGGUCUUUUGUUCCCUGGCCGCACCAGAGCGGAGAUCGGAGGACACCUAGCGAGGAGGCCGCUCCGGGGGCUGCGUGACAACAGAGCUCGCAGAGAUCGUCACAGAAUCACAGAAUUGUAGGGGUUGGAAGGGACCUCCAGAGAUCAUCGAGUCCAACCCCCCUGCCAAAGCAGGUCACCUCACGCCCUGCCAGGCGAUCGGCUCUCAGGGCACGGAGCUCUGUCUGGGCGCAAGCAGGAUGCGGGCCUCACCGCAACACCACGAUCCGUGCGAGGGCACAGCCCGGCUGUGCCAGGCCCCGUUCCCCCGCCAUACACCCGCAGCUCGGAGCGGGCCCCGCCCAGGCCUCAGCGCGGCCCGGAGAGCCCCGAUCCCCCAAACACGGGAUCCUGCGCCCUGCGCACGGUGCCGCGUGCUGCUCCCACGGCCGCGGGGCGCUCUGUGGGUGCCUGCUGGGCUGCGAGCGUUGCGGACGGAACGCAGCGCUCGGGGACGGCGAGUCCAGACUGCGCCUACACGGCACGGCGCCACCCGAUGGCGGCGGCGGAGGAGCGGGCCGCGGCUCCGCGACGGAACCACGUGCGCAGGGGCACGUGACCGCCCCGCCACGUGACCGCCCGCCCGCCUCACGUGACGCUGCGGACGGCGAGUGUCAUGGCGGCGGCGUUGCGCUGGGCCUUGGUGGCCGCUAUGGCCGUGGUGGCGGUUGUGGCGUUGGAUAACGGCGUGGCGCGGACGCCGCCCAUGGGCUGGCUGCACUGGGAGCGCUUCCUCUGCGGCACCGACUGCGCUGCUGAGCCGGACAGCUGCGUCAGCGAGCGGCUGUUCACCGAGAUGGCCGACGUGAUGGUCGCGGAGGGCUGGAAGGAAGCGGGCUACGAGUUCGUCUGCAUCGACGACUGCUGGAUGGCGCCAACGCGGGACGAGCGAGGCCGGCUGCGGGCCGACCCCCGGCGCUUCCCCGGCGGUAUCCGCGCACUGGCGGACUACGUCCAUUCCAAAGGCUUGAAGCUGGGGAUCUACAGUGAUGUGGGGAACAGGACGUGUGCCGGCUUCCCUGGCAGCUAUGGGCACUACGAGUUGGAUGCACAGACCUUUGCCUCCUGGGGUGUGGACUUGCUGAAGUUUGAUGGUUGCAACGCCGACUCGCUGGGGCUGCUGGCAGAAGGUUACAGGAACAUGUCUCUGGCCCUGAACAAGACUGGCAGACCCAUUGUGUACUCCUGUGAAUGGCCUUUCUACCUGAGGCCCGUGCAGCAGCCCAAUUACACGGAGAUCAAACAGUAUUGCAAUCACUGGAGGAACUUUUAUGAUGUCUAUGAUUCUUGGAACAGCAUCAAGAGUAUUGUGGAGUGGACAGCACUUCACCAGGACAGCAUUGUGAAGAUAGCUGGGCCAGGGGGCUGGAAUGACCCUGACAUGUUGGUGAUUGGGAACUUUGGGCUGAGCUGGGACCAGGCAGUGACUCAGAUGGCGAUGUGGGCGAUCAUGGCAGCGCCGCUCUUCAUGUCCAAUGAUCUGCGGCACAUGAAACCAGAGGCCAAGUGGCUGCUCCAGAACAAGGAGGUGAUCGCCAUCAACCAGGAUCCGCUGGGCAAGCAGGGCUAUCGCAUCACUAAGGACAAGAACUUCGAGCUGUGGGAACGGCCCCUAUCUGACAGAGCCUAUGCUGUGGCAGUCCUAAACCAGCAGGAAAUUGGGGGACCCCAGAACUUCACCUUCUCUCUCACCUUCCUCGGCAAUGGGCUGGCCUGCAACCCAGCGUGCUGCAUCCAGCAGAUCCUGCCAACCAGCAGGGACUGGGGGGUUCACAACUGGGUCUCCUCCCUGAGUGUAGAAGUGAACCCAACAGGCACUGUACUGCUCAAAGUAGUGCCGCUAUAGGAGGUGUGAUUUUUGUUUUUUUGGUAAGCCUUAUGCUCUGCACUCCUUGUUCUAAAGCAUUCACUACUCGAGAGCUUCUCUGUGGAUGCUGAACCUUCUGUCUAAUGUAGCAAAUACCCAUGACUAUUACCAUGAGAUAGCAGAAAAAGGGGUGCUGCUUCUCUCCUGUUACCCUUUCUCUGGCAUCUCAUCCAACUCUCCCAAGGUGUCACAAGGCCCCCAGCAGGGCAACAAUUCAUGCCAUUACUACCAAAGAUACGUAAGAGGUGCAUGCAGUGCUCUACAGCUCUUCUUCAGCAUUUCAGGCACAAAAGGGCAGUGUAGCCCAGCUGCUUUGCUGCGUGCUUUGGCAGGCUGGAGCUCGCACUUGUGGACAUUUAGUCCACACCUAUGAAAAGCUGUUCCUGCUGAAAAAAAUCAAUGCUGUCCUGAGAGUGGUCACCUCCUUCCAUCUUCUGAACUCAGGGAUUGGUCUAAAUCACAGCACUUCUUAGCAACUGUUUCUUAGCAGCCAUUUGCUUAAAGUGAUCAAGUAUGAUGCCUCCAAGCUGAGCUUUGAGGCUUUUUCCUUAUUCCCAAGCCUUCCUCUCAUCAAUGUCUGUCCCUUUAGAUGACAGUUCCCCACACCACCCUUCAUGGGGCCACCAGGGAAUCCUUCCUUAGUGAGCUCCUUUCCAGAAAUAACUGCUUGCUUUCCCCUGGUGGCAGCAACAUUUAACUUAAAGGUCCUUCUGGUGCAGGAUACAGAUGCUUAACCAUUGCUUCCAGGCUACUUCACAAUCUGGAUGCCUUGAUUUGUUCUAAUGCUUGUGUUUACAACUCCAACUGAAAUGUUCCUAAGCAGGCCUACCUGUACAAGAGUACCAAGCAUGGUAGCUAAAAUUAAAUCAAGUUUUGGAAAA